CCCCGGCCCGGCCUCCCUCCACGCGUCCCCCUCCCGCUUCCCGUCCUUCCGCGGCCGCGCGGGGGGCCGGAGGGGCCGGGCCGGGCCCUGGACGGAGCCUCCGCCGGGCGACGCCGCCGCUUCCGCCGCGGGUUCCGGGGCCCCCGGGGGUAAUGCCGGGCGGGGGUCCCCAGCGCGCAGGCAGCCGGGAUUGCUCACCGCCAGCAGUCUCCUUUCGGAGGCGGAGGUUGGCACGGAGGCCGGGCUACAUGAGAAGCGCGGCUGGGCCAGGGAUCGGGUUCCUCUCCUCAGCAGUGGGCACACCAUGCCAGGCCCCAGGAAGCCUGAGCAGUGAAGAGUCCAGGGCUGGACAGUGCAGCCUUGACUUGAGCAGCUGGCAAGGCCCAGGGGUGGGGAGCCCUGUUCCCAAGGACUUACCAGCCACUACUGUGGUCCUGGUAGACCCCCUAAGCUCGGCCCAGACCUCUGUGAGAAGAACCCCAGUGGGCUUUGGGGUUCAGCUUAGACCUGGCACCGGCCUGCCUGAUAGACAGACCAGGCCAUGUGGCCCCGGGGAUGCUGGGUGUCUGCAAAAGCUUUUAUCCAUGGACACUUCUGAGGCCAGAGCAAUGGGCCUGUGGCCCACAGGAUCUUUGGCCCCAGUGAAGGUGAGUGGCAACAGAUGUAGUCUCAGGAGUGGCCCACAGGGCCCUCCAGGUCCUCCUGGCUCCCAGGACACCUUUACCUCCAGCUUUAGCUUCAUUCAGCUGUCUCUUGAUCCUGGCUCUGCUGGGGAACGUGGAGAAGCAGAAGGUUGCCCACCAUCCAGAGAGGCUGAGUGCUCUCAUCGGAGUUCCCAGGAGAUGGGAGACAAAGCUGCCAGCUCAGAUAGGCCCCACGGGGACCUUCAAUGUCUCUCUCAGACCUUCAGUCUCACAGCUACUCAGGGCUCUGCAGACUCGGCCCAGAUGGCAAUGAGGAGCUCCAAUCCACAGUGCGACACACUUUCUUUCCUGGAUGUGGACGGCUCCUCCUCUUCCUUGGAUUCCUCGUCAACUGGCUGUGGUGGUGACAAGGGCAGCAGCUCCCAGGAUGCCCACGACUGGGACACCCUGCUCAGGGAAUGGGAACCUGUGCUGCACACCUGUCUGCUGAGCCACCACAGGCAGCUGGAGGUUGAUAACAUCCUUAAGAUUAAAGCUUCAAAACUUCAAGAAAAAGCCAUUGAGGAUGGUGAUUAUGGUUCAGCUGAGACGUUGAAACAGAGAUUGGAAGACCUGGAGCAGGAGAGUGACAGCCUGGCCUUGGCACUUCCUUCACAACAGCCAGCCGUCCACAGCUUCCUGGGCCACCUGGCAACUCAGGCCAGGGCUGCCUUGCACCAAGCCACCCAGCUGACUGGCAGUGAUGACACCCCAACCCCACUUGGAGGUGAGGUGAGGCUGCUGGAGCCCACUGCCCAGGACAGCCUGCAAGCGUCCGUCACCAGGUGGGAACGGCUUCUUCAGGAGAAGCAGCUGUUGCAGAAAGAAAUUGAAGCCCUCCAAGCAAAGAUGUCGGUGCUGGAGGCAAAAGACCAGCAGCUGAGGAGGGAGAUGGAGGAGUUUGAGCUGCAACUCCAGUGGCAGAGCUGCAAUCUGAUGCCAUUGAUGGCCCGGCUGUCCCCGGGCCAGCUACAGGAGGCCAGCCAGGCCACACGUGACACCCUGGCCUCAGCCAGGCAGGUACCCUUCUUCGUGGAGCCUCCUGAGACCAUAAAGAGCCUCCAGGAAAGGACAAAGUCCCUUCACCUGUCUGUCAAAGAAAUCACUGUUAAGGUGUGCACGAUGGAGAGACUCUGCAGCAUUUUGAGAAGGAGACUUAGUGACCUUGAAACCCGGCUGCCCACCUUGCUUGAAGCCCAAAUGCUCGCAGUAGCAGGAAGCCAUUUCUGCACAGCCAAGGAUCUCGAAGAGGAGAUCAGGUCCCUGACAUCAGAGCGAGAAGGGCUGGAGGCUGUCCUCGGCAGGCUGUCAGCGCUGAGCUCCAGGACCCCCUGGAAGCUGGCAGGCAUUAAGGAGGACUACAGCAGGCUGAAGCGGGAGCUGCGGCUCCGGGAGGCUGCCCACCAAGCAAGUGUGAAGGAAAACACAGCAAAGUACAUGGAAGAGCUUGAGGCCAGGCUGAGCAGCUCCCAGUGCCCACUGCUUGGGAAGGUGUGGGAAGCAGACUUGGAGGCUUGUGGUCUGCUGAUGCAGAGUCUGCAGCUCCAGGAGGCGAGGGUCAGCUUGUGUGCAGAAGACGAGGCGCAGACGGACGGAGCAGGGACAGCUGCCUGGAUGGCCCCAGCCGUGCUCCCCAGGCCCCACUGUGAAGACGAUGGGAAGACCCCCUGCCAGGCAUUCCAUGAGUGCAGGGCUUGCCUGGCCCCUUCCCUGUGCUGUGCUGGCAGUGAACAGAAAGAGGAAUCUUGUGUCCUUUUUGCAGACCUUGGAGAGAAGUGCAAAGCCAUAGGUGCCAAGCUGCAGCACUUAGAAGGUCAGCUUCACGCAGCGAUCCACAGCCAGGACGAAGACCUCAUUCGGUGUCUCAAGGGGGAACUGAAGAUGGUGAAGGAGACUCUGCAGUCCAUGACCCUGCAGCUCCAGCCAGCAAAGGAGGCAGAAGAAGGAGAGGCUGUGGCCUUCCACCCAACAGCUGGUGCCCAGGAAGCACCAGCUUGAGGCGUGGGGGCUGGAGAAGGAGGUGGGCCGCCUGUCAUCAAUAGGGACCCUGGCGCUCUCUGCUCUCCCUUGCAUCACCCAUGUGGCUGACUCAAUUAUGAAGACACAGAGCCUUACCGUCUUGUUAUAGGGCUGAGUGGUUCAAGAACACACUAGUCCAGAAGAUCCCAAGUUCUUGUGUCACCUGAACAGAGACCUGGACAGAGACAAAUUGCAAAACAGUAGCAAAACUUUAUUGAAAGAAAAGGAAAGAAAGAGGAAGAGGAAACACCACGAGGGAAGUGGUGGCUCUGCCAGGUGGCAUGGAAACCUUGGUUUCUUUGUUUCAGCCAAUUUGUAAAUUGUAAGGUGGGAAAAACCUUAGGGAGGGGCGAGGGUGGCUGGCAGGUUUAAUUAACACAGCGUUGUCACAUAACAAGGGGCGUCUGCUCGUGUGCUUGUGCUAAUUUUUGACCUUUAAUUGUAUGUAUGAGAUGUGAGCAAUGUUCAUGAGGUUUAAGAAGAAAACUUUGCCUGAGAGGUCAGAUUGGGGCAGGUCCACCUUUCACCAGACAGACCUGGCUCAGACACCCAUUUGGACACUAUCUUGCAAAGAUAUUUACAACUUCCAGGGUUUUUACAACUUAGAGAGGAUUUAUUGCUCUAGAUAUGGCUCAGGGUGGCGCUGGGGGGGUAGGAUAUCUGUUUGUUUAAGAGAAGGGAAUCCCAGAGUUAUUUUUUGUGGUUGUUGCUAGCCUGCCUCAGUUUCCCAGUGGCAAUGUGGCCCACUCAUUCUCAUGAACUGAGUGAGCUGGGAUGUUGGAGCCUCCCCUCCAACAUCACUGACUCCCCUCAGCAAUUCACUGACUUCUUCCUAAAGGUCACUGAGGUUCCUUGUCAUGUCACUGGGGAAUCCUGCAUAGGAUUCCAGUCUUUUCACCUCAGCUUCCCCCAGAAGAACUUUGGGGUGAAUGCCUAGCAGAAUUUCCCAGAACCAUUCAGUUUCUGCUGCAGCUGAAAUA